AUCUCGGCUCCAUCCAUUCCCCUCUCCCAAGUCACCAGGUUCUAGAUGAAGCCGACGUCUUUUGCCACACGGUUGUUUCACAGGAAUGUAGAGUCAUUGGGUGUGAGGGCAGCCAGCUACGAGCGACAGGUAGAUGGAGCAAACCUCCAGGGGAGCCACGCGCCCCCCGACAGCCUGCAGAAGGAGACCUCCAGGCAGCCUGACAGGGGCCUCAGAGACGUUCACUUGGCCUUCCUCCCAGAGAGGUACCAGCCUUUGGUGGAUAAAGAAGCAGAGCAAGAAGCUAAAGAAGCGAGGAAGCUAAAGAAAAAAGAGAAAUACAAGAAAGUAAAGAAGAGGGCUGGUAGGGCGUGGCGGGGCAGCUGGAAGUGUCUCAUGCUGGGUCUUCACAACUUUGCCCUGGCCUACACCACCCCCCUCACAGCGGCUGCUACCUGCUUUAUACCAGAGUUUCAACCGGGCAGAGGAUGAGAAACACCGUCAUAGGAACGCUCUCACCAUGAUGUCAAUGCUGUGUGGACCAUUGUUACUGAAUGAGUUUUUACAUCUUAAUAUUAUUUCAUUUUUAUUUUUCAUGUAAUGUAACAGGGAUGGAUAAUUGUGUAUAUAAGUGUAUAUGACUACAUUAAUAAAGGUUAGUUGUAAUGUGAAAGACCCGCCCCUAUCAUACAAUGGGCAGCUUAUAACCAACAUCAAAUAACACUUUUGUUUAUAAUUGAUUUAACAACGGUCAGUGGCUGUAUGGAAUGUUUUUUUAUUUAUUUUUUUACAUUUUGGAAAGGAAAUGACAGAUGACAGAAUGAGUUAUCAGUGAGAACCGGAGUGUCCUCUUGCGAUUGAAUUGAACGUUUUGAUUAAGUUUGUUGGUGUACACUGUUUUGAUGUCGUACCUCUUGAAUAUACUAUUGUUACAAUAAAAUGUAUUAAUCUGUGUUAAUAUA